UCCCAGACAACAUUCAGGAAUUUGGGCUAGGCAGCAGCUGGGGGUGGGGUGGGUUCUAUGACAGUUGGAGGGGUUCCAAGAGGCUGCGGUUGGCCAUGGCCUCAGACUCCACCAUAGACUUUUCUAACCUGCUCUGCUCCUGGGAGGAGGACCGAAAGUUGGUCCUUCGUGGCUGGUCCCUCGUCUUCAUCUUCCUGGCAACAUUGUUGGUGUUCAGCGUGGUGGAUGGGCGGAUGGCCUAUGUGCACGGCCCUUACACUGGCUUCAUCGGCCUCUGGAUUGACUGCAGGAGGCAUAAGUGUGCCAACGUGGGCCAAGUCACUGUUUACAUUCACAUGAGCAAGGGCUUCAUAUUCCUGGCCCUGGCCCUGUGCCUCAUCCUCCUGCCCACCAUGUUCCUCUCCUUUCGACCAGUCUGCCGCCGCUUGAACAAGAUCGACUUCCUCUUCAGUUUCUUCAGCAUUGGCAUCGGGUUCCUGAUUCUCCUCAGCCUGACGCUCUUUGUCGUCAACUGCGAUAGGCUGCGCCCGAGGCCACAGGUAUCCUACCUGCUGGCCUUCUACCUGUGCUGGUGCGCCAGCGUCUUGAUGCUGUGGGCCGGAACUCUGUCCUUCUUCAACCAAGUGCGAAUGUGGAGCUACACUACGCCUCUCAUGGAGCGAAGGGUCAGCUACUUCCGUUGGGCCUUGAGACACCAAUUGCCGCUGCAGUCCAAUUCGGACCAGACUCCAUCUGCUGAAAGCAGCUUUGUGAACGACCAUGGAGCUUCCUCACGGGGGGACUCUGCAAUUUCUCAGAACACUGAGGAGUCCCCGCAGCCAGAUUCCUCCACCUCUGUCCCUGUGACUCCGCCACCGUCAGACCUCCCUUGAGGUCCCACGCUUCUCCUGAGAGCAGGCAGCACCCUCGGGAGACAGGUGGCAAGCACCGCUCCCCUGCACUAGGACCCACCCCUUGUAGUCUGAGUCUUGGCAAGGAACCCACCCUGGAAGUCUUCCAAUGCUCAAGGCUGAGGCUAUGUCCCUCUGAGCAGACACUGGUUCACGGUCCCAAGCAGCCGGAGCAGUGUGGCCCCGCCCCCAAGCCGGGCGAUGAUCCGCCCCACAGGCCGCGCCCCAAAGGCAUUCUCCAUCCUUUGGUCCAGCCACUCUCAAGUAGUCCCCUCCAGUGGCCCCAGAUGGAUACUCUGCAGCCCAUCCUUGGGGGGAGGGGUUCCCGCCCUUCUGUGGACAGACCCCUCCCCAGGAAGUCAAGGCUUGGUAUAACAUCCUGCCUCCUUCCUGGCUUCCCAUACUCUAUAAAACCAGGUCGGCAGCCCAAA